AUGGCAUCAUUUGGAGGCACUACCCAGAAGUGUAAAGUAUGUGAAAAGAAAGUGUACUGGGUGGAACAGCUCACUGCUGAUAGCAUUGUGUAUCACAAGUCUUGCUUCAGAUGUCACCACUGCAAGGGUACCCUCAAGCUAGGUAAUUAUUGUUCCUUUGAGGGUGUUCUAUACUGUAAGCCUCACUUUGAUCAACUAUUUAAGAUGACUGGCAGCUUGGACAAAAGUUUUGAAGGUAUUCCAAGAAUUGCUAGAGUAGAAAGAUCUGCUGAUCAGGUCCAGAGCAACAAGGUUUCAAGGCUGUUUGCUGGAACUCAGGAAAAGUGUGUUGGUUGCCAGAAAACAGUGUACCCAAUUGAAAAGGUGGCUGUUGAUGGCAAAUCUUACCAUAAGUCUUGUUUUAGAUGUACUCAUGGAGGUUGUGUAAUCAGCCCAUCAAAUUAUGUGGCCCAUGAACAUCGUCUUUAUUGUAGACACCACCACACUCAACUCUUCAAGCAAAAGGGUAACUUUAGUCAAUUAGACAAGCAUGAAACUGUUGUCCAACUAAAGACUGAGAAACAACAUCCCAAUAAUGCCAAUACAAGUCCAGAUGAUGACUCUUUUUAG